AUGGCGCCGAGGACGCAUUGGUGGAUCUCGUUUUGGUUCAUCGCGACGGUGCCCGUCAUAUUCUGGGACGCGGGAUACUGCUUCAUGAGGCCGCGGUCCAUGAAAGGCGGAGACCUGCACUGGAUCUGGAAGCCGUACGAAAUAUACCAAGAAAUCGACUACGUCUAUGGCACGCGUGCUCUCGAGAAUAACGACGGAUUCACGAACGCUCAAUCUCUCCUGAACGUCAUCGAAACGCUCCUCAACAUCCUUUACGUCUACCGCGCGCACGUAUCUCUCGACCCCGCUGCCUCGCUCAUCGGGUUCGCCGCCGCCACCAUGACGUUGAGCAAAACGGUGCUGUACUGGGCACAGGAAUACUACUGCGGCGGAUGCUCGGUCGGCCACAACAAUCUCGUUGAUCUGGCGGUGUACUGGAUCCUCCCCAACGGGCUCUGGCUGCUCGUUCCGUCCCUGAUUAUCCGCGCCCUCUGGAAGGACCUCGCGUCGUCGCUCCGUGUCGCAGACAAGGUGACCUCCGGCAAGACGCAGUAG